GCGUCUGUGCGUGCGUGCUCGCUCACGGCGGCGGCGGCGGCGGAGCGGAGAGGCCAGAGCCGGAGACCGAGCUGGGAUCGGGCCCCGGGCGGGGGCGGUGCGAGAGGCGCCGAGCGGAUCCUGGGGGCGGGGACGGAGCCCGGGCGGGCGGGACUGGAGCAGAGCCCGGGAACGGGGCGGGAGGUCCCAGGGCCCCGGGUUGGGGGGUGGAACCGCACUUCGUCGCCGCGGGGGUGCCGGGACUCCGGCCGCAGUGCCGCCGCCAUCACGGACUUCCUGUGGGACAAGCGCACGGGCCUCGCCGCCAGAACGAUGCCCCAUCCCCGAAGGUACCAUUCCUCAGAGCGAGGUAGCCGGGGGAGUUACCACGAACACUAUCAGAGCCGAAAGCAUAAGCGAAGAAGAAGUCGCUCCUGGUCAAGUAGCAGUGACCGGACAAGGCGGCGGCGGAGGGAGGACAGCUACCACGUUCGGUCCCGAAGCAGCUAUGAUGACCAUUCGUCCGAUCGGCGGCUGUACGAUCGGCGGUACUGUGGCAGCUACAGGCGCAAUGACUACAGCCGGGACAGAGGGGAGGCUUACUACGACACAGACUUUCGGCAGUCCUAUGAAUACCAUCGAGAGAACAGCAGUUACCGAAGCCAGCGCAGCAGCCGAAGGAAACACAGAAGGCGGAGGAGACGGAGCCGGACAUUCAGCCGCUCAUCUUCACACAGCAGCCGGAGAGCCAAGAGUGUAGAGGACGACGCUGAGGGCCACCUCAUCUACCACGUCGGGGACUGGCUACAAGAGCGAUAUGAAAUUGUAAGCACCUUAGGAGAAGGGACCUUCGGCCGAGUUGUGCAGUGUGUGGACCAUCGCAGGGGCGGAACACAAGUUGCCCUGAAGAUCAUUAAGAAUGUGGAGAAGUACAAGGAAGCAGCCCGACUAGAAAUCAACGUGCUGGAGAAAAUCAAUGAGAAAGAUCCUGACAACAAGAACCUCUGUGUCCAGAUGUUUGACUGGUUUGACUACCAUGGCCACAUGUGUAUCUCCUUUGAGCUUCUGGGCCUUAGCACCUUCGAUUUCCUCAAAGACAACAACUACCUGCCCUACCCCAUCCACCAAGUGCGCCACAUGGCCUUCCAGCUCUGCCAGGCCGUCAAGUUCCUCCAUGAUAACAAGUUGACACAUACGGACCUCAAACCUGAAAAUAUUCUGUUUGUGAAUUCAGACUACGAACUCACCUACAACCUAGAGAAGAAGCGAGAUGAGCGCAGUGUAAAGAGCACAGCCGUGCGGGUGGUGGACUUCGGCAGUGCCACCUUUGACCACGAACACCAUAGCACCAUUGUCUCCACUCGCCAUUACCGAGCCCCCGAGGUCAUCCUGGAGUUGGGCUGGUCACAGCCAUGCGAUGUAUGGAGCAUAGGCUGCAUCAUCUUUGAGUACUACGUUGGCUUCACCCUCUUCCAGACCCAUGACAACAGAGAGCAUCUAGCCAUGAUGGAAAGGAUCCUGGGUCCUGUCCCUUCUCGGAUGAUCAGAAAGACAAGAAAACAGAAAUAUUUUUAUCGGGGUCGCCUGGAUUGGGAUGAGAACACCUCAGCCGGGCGCUACGUUCGUGAGAACUGCAAACCUCUGCGGCGGUAUCUGACCUCAGAGGCAGAGGACCACCACCAGCUCUUCGAUCUGAUUGAAAAUAUGCUAGAGUAUGAGCCUGCUAAGCGGCUGACCUUAGGUGAAGCCCUUCAGCAUCCUUUCUUCGCCUGCCUUCGGACUGAGCCACCCAACACCAAGUUGUGGGACUCCAGUCGGGAUAUCAGUCGGUGACAAUUAGGCUUUGGGCCCCCUGCUCCUUGUGUAGCAGUGGGUGUCCAAUCCAGGACACUGGUGCUUUUUUAUACAAAAGAACAGAGGCAGAACUUGCCCUCUCUCCAGCCCCUGGCUCCUUUGUACCUGUGAAUAUGUGGAAUAGUGUAAAUAUGACAGAACUUGUACCUAUCGAUUCAACCCCUGACAUGUAUAUACUACUAUUUACACUCUCCCAACCUCAUCUGCCCCUCAUGUGGAGGUGGAUGGGGGGCAGAAUGACGUAACCAGGUGGUGUCUACCCCAUGUUUUAUAAGGGAUUUUGUACAGUCUUUGUGAAAUAAAAUGACAUGCUUCAUCUGACCCCCCCCAAUCCCUGGAAUUUGAGGUUCGAGGGUACUGGGGUGAAGGAGUGAAAUAAUUGGUAGCCAUCUGAAUUUGGGUAUAAAGGCCUCUUUGUCCUGCCAACUUAGAGUCACUUAUAUGCACUUUGUAUUCUGAGGUAGUAAAAAUUAAAGUAGAUGCAAUC